AAGUUGACGCAUGAGUUUCAGUUGAGCUUUGCCAGCCAAAACGACAACAACGACGACGACGCUGCGUUGGGUGCAUUCUCGAUUUAAGCUCUUCGACUCAUUGACGAGUUCGCGUCGCGUUCAACAAACAACCCAACAAGCAAACAAGCAAACAAACAAAACACUAAACAACAAAUCAACAAGCAACAAUAACAACAAGUUCAAGACAAGCAAACAUCCAGAAAAUACAAAUAAAUACAAAUACAAAAAACGGCAUUCGCAACGCGCAACAUUUGAUCAAGCCGGAGGAGCUGCCCUAAUAUCAAAGUGAAGCCCGAAUCUUUGGACCGGUGUCUGAUUAAGCAAACGGAUUUUCAUUAAUCACAGCAAACUGAUUUACAAGUGCAGCAUUUGCCGUCCGAGUUUCCUACGGUGUAAUGUGAGUCGCAUUGAAAAGCCGAAAAGCAGACGCCAUUAAAAGGAAUCGAAGCACUUGCAAGUUGCAAAACGAGGAGCAAAGAGACGACACAAUUCGCACACUGUGGCCAGCGGGAGACGAGCAGCAAACCGAAUGCAGUAUCUCAACUACGCACUGCAGACAUCCACGCGACUGCUGACCAGCCAGAGCAAUAACCACAGUCACAGUCAGAGUCAGUCACACACACAGUCACACACACAGACACAGACACAGACGGCAGCCCAGGAGGCAGCGGCGGAAGCGGAAGCACAGGCGGAGGAACAAAUAGCACACGCCUGUUGCAGUCGAGGCGCCCAAUUGCUCAGAUUGCGCCAACAGGAGCUGGCCAAGCGACGUGCCCUUGAGCUAGAGGAUCAACUGAACGCAAACGCCAUUGCCAUCAGAUUUGGCCAGGAUCAGGACGAGGACGUCUAUAGCGAGGCAUCCAGUGAGCCGGAGCCGGAGCCGGAGCGGGAGGAGGGCGCUGUCGGUGGACAUCUGGAGGCGUUGCACGUUGCUGGACACAAAGCCAGCGAGUCGACACCGCAGCCAGUCCAAUGAAAUUUACUCUCAUUUAAUGUGCAACUGGCGCGAAGCAAACUGUUAUCGUUUUUCAACCGCGACAUGGCCGCCACCGAUGGCCAAAUCAUAUUGGCCGCAUCCCGUUUUGGCGACUCGACGCCCGUCUAUUUGCGCGACUUCUCCAAGCAGCCGCUGCCGGCGGUGGCCAAGAUCCUCAAGGGCCAACAUCAGGCCCUGGGCGUGCCAACGCUAUCGGCGCCAUCGCUGCAAAGCACGGCGCUAUUUCUGAGCGCCGGCAAGAAGUAUCAGAUACUGGCGCAGCCCAUCAAGAUCAAGGAGGGACGCAAGCCCACAAAUGUGGGCGCCAAGGUGCUCAUACCGGAGACCUAUGGCGGCUACUUUGAGCUGCUCAGCGAGGAUGGCCGCUCCACGCGCUGCAUUGACUCCGUUCUGGAGCUGGCACGGCGUCGCAAUGCCCGCGUCCUGGUGCGGGAGACGUUCCGCUGCCAGCAGCUCAAUCGCACCAUCCAUGCCGGCGAGCUGCUGACCACAAUGAACGACAAUGGCAAGUACCUGCAGUGUCGCAACAUCAAGGAUGAGAUCAUCAAUCUGCCACUCGAUACCAAAGCCAAGUUCUCGCCCAUUGCACGCGAGGACAGCAUCAGCGGAGUGCACACCGUCAAGAAUCUGCUGCUCAAGCGGAUGCCUGUCAUUGUGAGACUCGUCCAUGGCAGCGGGCCGAAGGGACUGAAGCAGCCAUUUGUGCCGGAGCUGAGACUGCUGGGAUGCGUGGAAAUCGAUCGGAUCUUUGCGCUGCCGCUGCAGAAGGACACGGAUCUGGUGCCGGUGCCAUUGAAUGUGAAAAUUAAGCUGCAGCGGGCCAAGAAUAUGGAGCAGCUGGAGCAUUUCAUUGAGUACACGCGCUUUCUGGACAAGGCGCAACGAUUGCUGGCGGAUGCACGCGAUCGCCUGCAGAUUGUCGAUCUCAAGCUGAGCGAGAAGGAGAAGAAGGACUCGAAGUUCAGCAGCCGCAACAGCGGCAACAAGUUGCCCGUGGUCAUGCUGCCAUCGGCGGCUGGCGUGGCAAGCGGACUGGCCGAGAGCGGCUAUGUGCUGCGCAAGAGCGCCAGCUGCGAUUCCUGGUCAAAGCAACAGCAGCAGGCAUUGAGCAGCAGCGAGAUUGCCGAGGAGUACAAGGAGAUCGAUCACAUCUAUGAUUAUGUGCGUGGUCUGACGCCUCUCUCCAAGGGAUUGGCCCGCUUUGAGCCCAUCUGUGAGUCGCCGACACUCAAGUCGCAUCACACGGACAGCAGCGGCAAUGGCAACUAUUGCAGCUUGAUUCGUGGCCCGACAACGACGGCAACACAGCAGCCGAACAACAACAACAACAACUACAGCAGCUUGGAAUCGAACAAGCACAGCAGCAGCAACGGUGGCCAUCAUCAUCAUCAAUACCAGACGCAACAGCAACAUCAUCAGCAGCAACAGCAGCAGCAACAGCAGCAACAACAUCAUCAUCAUCAUUCGUCGGCGCUGCUGAUCAAUCAUUAUCAUCACAGCCAUAUACAGGAGGACAUUAAGCCCGUGCCGCCGCCCAUUGAGACAAUUCCGGGCAAGAAGCCGGCCGAGAAGCGACAGCGUCCAACUCUACCAAAGCUUUACAUCAAAAACGCCAAUGCGCACAGCGCCGGCAGCAGCAGCAAUGGCAACUCCACCGGCGGCACCAGUCACAGUCACAGUCACAGCCAUAGUCACAGUCACAGUCACAGUCACAGCCAUUCGCAGCAGCAACAACAGCUGCCGCCAACGCCAGGUAGCAAUAACAACAACAGCAACAACAACAGCUGCAGCACGGCAGCAAUUGUUGCCAGCGCUGCAGCAGCAGCAACAUCCGCUCACCACGCCCACUCGCACGCCCAUGCCCAUCAACACCAGCAUGCCCAUGCACACGCACACGCACACACACACGCACAUGCACACCAUGGCAAGGUGCUGACGCCCAACAACCAUUUGCCCGUGAAGGAAUCUCUUGAGCCGCAAUCGCCGCUCUUUCAUAUCAGAUACAAGAGUCUCAGCAGCCUGCAGCUGACACCGGACAGCAACAACCCAGGAGCAAUGACGCCGCCGACGAUCUCAGCGCAUGCCAAGGCAGCGGCACAAUCAGCAGCAACAGCAGCAGCGUCAUCCGCUGGCUCGCAGUCACCGCCCGAUGUGGUGCUCAAGUGCGGCAGUAUACUCAAUUCCCAUGGAUAUCUGGCGCACAGUCACAGCCGCAGCUCGAGCAGCAACAAUCAUCACAAUCCGCGAGAGGGCACACUGGACUCGUCGCGCAGCGGGGGACGCACAUCGGGGGAUUCACAAAAGCUGCCGGAGAAGAAGACGCGUCGCCUGUCGCGGCCACGGAGCCUCUCCAAUCUGGUGUGGGAUCUGCGGCCAUCCAAGGAGAAGUCCAAGAAGAAACUCUAUAUACACCAUUUCGAUCAGCGUCAGCAGGCGACGCUGUAUCUGUAGAAGAUGUUCGGGUUCCGUGUAGAUUCGUUGCCAAAUCGUUUUGCUGCCAUCAACGACAAAAACCCCACAGACAACAACCACAACAACCUAAGCAACAACAACAACAACAACAACAGACAACAGACAACAAUAACAAGCAACACCAACAUUUAACGCUGUGUGUGUUCCUGCAGCUUUCACUAUUUUAGCUUGCAGCAGCAAUUUUAAUUAACAUUGAAUUGUGCCUUCCCCUGCGCCUAGAACUAUGCUUUAAAAUUCCAAUGAAAUAUUUUUAAAGAAUAUUUUGCCUGGAUGGACAAGGAUGCAAGACAGAGAAGA